UAGAAAUAGUUAGAAUUUUUUUCAACAAAUAAAAGAGAAAAAAAUUAAGAAAAAAUAUGUUUUAAUAAAUUAUAUCAAUGACUUUUAAAAGAAAUUCAGAUUAAAAAUAAUAGAAAAGUGAACUUGUAAGGCUGUCGUCGGCUAUCUCUGUUUGUGACUAAACGACGUCUGGUGGACUUGGUUUAAGAAAAAAAAAACAAGGAAAACAAAAUCCACAAUGGAUCAAUAUGGAGGCGGUGCAAACCCAUUUGGUAAUCCUGCUGGCCUAGGGGGAGGCGGUGGUUACGAACAACAGCAGCAGCCAGCAUUUGGUGAUUAUGGUGGUGGAGGUUAUGAUCAAAGCGGUGGCUAUGGCCAGAGUGCGGCCGGGGGAGCUAUACCACAACAGCCCUAUGGUGUGGCUGCCAGACCAAGGGUGGAUAUUGAGGCCGAGGGAGAAGUAGAUCCUAAUCUCUAUCCCGAACCCAAGGAAGCCACCAAUAAAAUUCGCAGCCAUGCUGAUGUUGUGGAAAUGCUGUUCGGUCCAACGGAACACGAAUUGAUCCCGGUGAAAAGUUUUUACUUUUUCUUUUAUGCUGCCUUUGGUUCGCUUUUCCCUCUGAUGGGUGUUUAUUUUAAACAAAUGGGCAUGAAUCCGGGACAGUGUGGUAUAUUAAUUGGUAUGCGUCCAUUUGUGGAAUUUUUGUCGGCACCAUUUUGGGGAUCCUAUGCCGACAGAUGCCGCCAGGGUAAAAAGUUAUUGUUGGGAUCAUUGGCUUGCUGGAUAUUGUUUACGAUUCCCUUGAGCUUUAUCAAACCAGAACCGGUUAAAUGUAUAGAACGUAAUGCCACCGGUUUUGUUCUAACCUAUACAAGAUCAAAACGAGAUCUCUCAGCAUUUAAUAUGGCCGACCUGCAAGGUGACAGUGUUGAGACAUUCGACAAUGAAUCGGCCAUUGUGGGAGCUCUGACCAAGCCAACACCAGAUGCCCUGGAGGAAACACAUUCAAGGCGCAAACGUUCCAUAUUCCCACGAAUUGAUGCUGGCAUUUCACCCGUCCAUAUACGUUUUGUAAGCAACUAUGAUGCCAAGGAGCAUAGUGACUAUGUAACACCGAUUUUCUCUAGUAUGGUUUAUAAGACACCGGAUAUCCAAAAAGCUUUCUUCCUCUUACUGCUGGUCAUUUUGAUUGGCGAAUUCUUCAGUGCUCCGGCCAUUACUCUCGCCGAUUCGGCUGUCAUUACACUGCUGGGUGAGGAUUCCGAUAAAUAUGGCCAUCAACGUAUGUUCGGCUCUCUGGGUUGGGGUAUUUCCAUGUUUAUUGUGGGCAUUGUUUUGGACCACUCCACCUCAUUUUCUCAUCAUCCCUGCGGUGCUGGCCACAUGGAAAAGAACUAUAAUGUAUGCUUUGCCAUUUUCACCGUGCUCAUGACCUGUGCCAUUAUUUCGGCCACGAAAAUCACAUUCAAAUAUGAUCCCAUAGAAUUGGAACCUCAGGUCCAGGAGAAUGUCAUUGAUCCAAAUAAAAAGGCGGAAGAGGAGUCUAUGAAUCAGUUGGCGGCCCAAUUGAAUCUGCCUUCCUUGGCAGUGGGAGGAGGUAGCAGUGGUGUUACCACGGGGACAACAGGUGCCGUGGGUCCCACCCCAUCCAUGGGUGCUGAGUCGAAAAUAUUUGCUCAAACCAACAAAGAAAUGCCGGAAUGGAUGACCGUUUUGACCCACAUCAAAGAUUUGAAGACAGCCUCGUUCCUGUUCGUGGCCUGGUUCAUGGGCUUUGGCAUUGGUUUGAUAUUCACCUUUCUGUUUUGGCAUCUGCAGGAUUUCGGCGGCUCUCCCACCCUGUUCGGUGUGGCAUCGGUCAUCAAUCAUGUAUCGGAAAUAUUUGCCUAUUUCUUUAGUUUCCGUUUGAUAACCCAGAUUGGCCAUGUUAAGGUAUUGUGUCUGGGCCUGAUGGGCAAUGUGAUACGUUUCCUGUAUAUUUCGUAUAUUUCCAAUCCCUGGAUGGUAUUGCCGUUCGAGUUGAUGCAGGGUAUUACACAUGCAGCGGUGUGGGCCGCCUCGUGUUCAUAUAUUGCCCAUAAUACACCGAAACAUUUGAGGGGAUCAUCACAGGGCGUUUUGCAGGGCAUACAUCAUGGUCUGGGUCGGGGAUGUGGUGCCAUUAUCGGGGGUAUGUUUGUGACUUACUAUGGUACCACGGCCACAUUCCGCUGGUAUGGCAUUUGCUGUCUCUUUGUGUUGGGUUUCUUUAUCUUUGUGAAUUUCUACCGCAAGGAGGAAGGUUUCAUUUCCGAAAUUCCAGCAACCGAGGAUCCACGUCAGGUGGCCGAAGAAACUUCCCAUUUGGCUCCGCAUGGCGUACCCAGCAAUCCCAUACCUCGUGCCCUCUCCAAUACUCGUCUCAACGAAAUGAAUCCCAAUGGCACAGCCUAUGGCACGUAUCAGACCACCGGCGGCAACUUGGAUAUACCCGGUGGCAACCCAUUUGGCACACAAUAAGGCCGCUAAGCCAUCAUGACCUGCAUCGCAUCAUUACCCAUCCAAUUUACUAUUUAAUUUUGUUGAUUAGUUGGCUUUGUUUUUCGAGAGAAUGUUCAUAGAGAAGUUAAUGCAAAAGUUCUGCAAACAGAUUAUCUUACAAUCCAGUACAAAAAACAAAUUGUUUAUAAUAGCUUAUUAUUAUUAAAAAAAAAAACAAAAAAUACUGUGUUAAACUAAAAAUUUACCGGGGAAGAAGUUCUUCUUCUUCUCAUCUGAUAUUUGAGCAGAAAAAACCAACUUUGUUCUUUAAGCAAUGAUUUCCUAUAUAUAUUAUAUAUGACCCACUAGUUGUUACAACUGCAAUGCAAACCUAAUAUACACUUAUAUAUUCCACUACUCUAUAUACAAUCACUUAUAUACCUUAUGUACAGGCAAACAAACAAACAAACCGGCAAGAAGCUAAGUCAGCGUUGUAACGAAAUUUUUAUAGCAAAUUUCAGCUUCACAAGGAAGAAUGAAAGAAAUUUAAACUAAAAUAUAAAUGAAAUGAUGAAAAACGAAAGAAAACUAACAGAAACAUAUCGUAAAAAUUGGCCUAAAAAAUAUUCAACUUAUUUUUGGUAUUAUUUACAUAAUUAUUUUUGUGAUUAUUUAUUUAUUAGUUGCUAGCAAAUUGUAAUGAUAAAGAGAUAAGUUUUUGUUUUUGGAAUCAGUUUAACAAUGACUUUUGAUAAAAAUAUAUUUUUCGUUGAUUUGUGUUCUUUUGCAAUGUCACAGCAAAUAGAAGAUAAGAGCAUUAAAAUGCAAUGAACACCACAAAAUCACAAGAUCCAUGGAACCAAAAAAACCAAAUGAAAAAAAAAAAAACAAAACUCAUAUACAUAUAUACUUUAUAAAUGUAUAAACUAUUUUUAAUAUAAAUGUAUUUUUUUAAACCAAAAAAACAAAACUACAAGAAACAAAAUAAUAAAACGGUCCAUAAGUUUACACAGGAGAAUAUUACACAAACACACAACACCAAUAGGAAAUGAGAAAAUAACACACACACAUAACUUAGAUAAUUAAUGAGAAAAUAGCAGCAACUGAGAGUGGUUAAGAGAGGGGACUCUUUAGUUUAUCUUACAAUUCUCAAAUUUUAUAAUCUCUUAUAGAUCUCUUAACCCAAAAUCAUUUUUAUUUACUCUAGAAAUUAAAUUAUUUCAAAAUUUAUUUCAAACAAAUUUCUUAUAGUAUAUUUAUUUUUUUAAGUCAGCAUUGUUUUAUAAAAAAAAAAUACAUUUUUACUUUACUUUUAUUGAAACUGUAUUUUUAUACCUUCAGCCAUAUGGCUAGAGAGAGUAUAUAAACGGGCCUCUUCGGAAUGACGGUUUUGGACCCUAGGUCUUUUUAUACUCUCUGCCAUAUGGCUAGAGGGGUUUAUAUCAUUUGAUACGGUCAAAGCGUGCCUCAUUAAUAUAACGGUUUUAGACCCUAGGUCUCUUUGGACCAAAUUCGUUUUAGGAUAUUUGGAGUCGAUCUCGAAGGAACUAGAACUUGGUACAUCGUAAUAUUAUUUUCACCCAUUUCGAAAUUUUCAAAAAAAAAAAAAAAAUUACUGUAAAGAAAGAGAAAGGUUAUUAGAUUUUUGUCAGGUGCGAAAAUUGACAAUAUCGGUCCACUCCAUCAAGUACCUCUCCCACAGAGGGUCAAAAUUUUGAAUAAUUAUAACUUUAAGAAAAUGUGAUGCAAUUGUCCGAUUAUGUUUAAAUUACACACAUUACAAUAUUUUUAUUAAUCCAAGGUCUGGUGGGAUGAUGACAUAUAUCAGUCCACUCCGGCUGGUACACCCCCCACAAAGGGUCAACAUUUUGAAUAUUUAUGAAGUUCAUAAAACACGAAAUUAACAUCCGAUUCCAUUCAGACUUGGCACGUUUCAAUAUUUCUAUCAAUAGAAGAUCUGUUAUAAAGAUGGUAGAGAUCGGUCCAUUCCUUUCGGUACCUCCCCCAUAAAGCGUCAAAGUUUAAAAUAACCAAAACGAUUAUAAAAUCCAAAAUAAGCAUCAGGUUCUCUUCAUAUUUCACUCAUUCCAUUAUUUCUACAAAAACAACAUCUGCUGUGAAGAUGGAAUACAUCGGUCCAGUCCUUUUGGUACCUCUCCCACAAAGGGUCAAAAUUUUGAAAUUCCAUGAAGCUCAUAAAACGCGAAAUUAACAUUCGAUUCCAUUCAGACUUGGCACAUGUCAAUAUUUCUAUCAACACAAUAUAAAGAUGGUAGAGAUCGGUCCAUUUCUUCCCUUUAUUGUACGAUUUUGCUCAGCUCUGAUUAAUUUUCUAAAAUAUAUUUUUUUAAAGAGUCCACUUUACAAUUUCCCGCUCAUUAUGAAUAUAUUUUUAAUAUAAAAUAUCCCUUUUAGUUCCCUCUACUCUUAACCACUCUUCCAAAUAUAUGAGAAAUAGACAAGGCACUCUCUUUAGUUCUGUUUUAUUUUUAGAAUAUGUUGCUAAUCAAUAAGCGCGGCAAAGAGAGAUAUUUAAAAUACACACAAUCAGCAAUCUCUUAUGCUAUCAUUUAUUCUCAUCUCACCUACAUUACAAAGGAUGUUCAUAUACUCACACCUACAUAUAUCAGCAUUCACGCUCACAAUGCAAACAUUUAUAAAAUGCAUACCCCAUACAUACCACAUACCUUAGUAUUGUACCUUCUAAGAUAUUCUAUUUAUACUCCUAAUAAAUCAUCAUUAUAUCAUAUAUAUAUAAAAUAUAUACAUACAUUAUAUACAUAUACAUAUUAAAUAUAUAUUCAUACAUACAAACAAAAAGUAUAGAUAUACAAAAAAACAUAAACGCAUACAUACAUACCUACAGAUAAUUGAAUAAAUAUAUCACUCAUUGAUUAAACAAAACCAAAGAUAAAAAAUACCUUAACUACAAGAAACACAUACGCAUAUAUACUAUGUAACAGUAAAUGUUUGUAUGUAUGUGUCUGUAAUAAGCUCUCCUAAAAACAAAACAAAGAAACAAACAAAACACACUCUCUCUAAUCUGUUAUAAUGAAAGAGUUUGGAAACAAUGAUAUUGGCUUCAAGAUGAGGAGAGACGGUAUUAUAGGAGUAUUAGAAAACCCAAAGAGAGUCAAACGAAAGAGAAAAUGAGAUCUGCGAAAUGUGUUAUAAAGAGUCAGCGCCAAGCAUUGGACGUAAAAGGAAACAAAUUGAUAUUAUGAAAAUCCGCCUCAUAGUAAUCAAAUAUUUUAAAUGUUUACAUUAUCUAAACAAAAAAAAAAAAAUAAAUAAAUUAAAACAAAAAAACAUAACUUAACAAAACUAUUGUAUUAUUAUACAUAAAUUAUAUGUUUUAAAUAAAAAAUAACAAAUAAGAAAACAAACGAAGUUCAUAUAGAAAGUUUAAAAAUAAAAAAAAAAACUAAAAUUGUAAAUGGCAAAAAAGUAACUAUCAAAAAAAAGGGUUUCUUUUGUUUGUUUUCCCCAUAAAAAUGGCUUUAUUUAAAGCGAGAAAAUAUCCGAAAAAACUCUACCAAAUGUAAAAUUAGUUUAAUAAUUUUUUUAGUAUUAUUUUCAUUAUAAUUGUUCUAUCUUAAAAUAAUGGUUUUAUGUUUACGGAGAAAGUGUUAACCAAAAAACGUCAAAAUAUACCAAAAAAAGUAAUAUAUCAUUGAUUAAUCUAGCAACAAAUUGAUAUUAUUUACAUUUAAUUAUAUAUACAUACUAAAGAAACAAGAACAGAUAUGAAAACUAAUCUAAUAUACAACAAAAACAACAACAUAUAAAUGCGAAAACAAAUGAUAUAUUUAAAAACAAAAUUAAAAUAAUGAAGACGGAAAGUAUGAAUAACAAACAAACCAAAA